AUGUCCGGCCCAUCACAAUCCUCGGCGACUCGCAUCGUCCAAUCCCUCCUAUCUUCCCAUCCGCACCUGUCUACGCAACAGAUGUAUCAAGCUGCCACCGAAGGAUUGCGUCCGGUAUUGCGACCAGCUCAUGUGGUAGAUAAUCAAGGUAGGAUCAGGAUGAAGAGAGUCAGUAAUAUGAGAGAAGGAAGGAGACCCUGGGUUCCUAUGCCUACGGCUCCCUUUCCUGAUCAUCCAUUUAAGAGUGUCAACUUCCUGAAACGUACCAUUCUCGCCUCGCUCGAAUCCCAAGGUUUAAUCCACAAGGCCCGUAUCGAGCGACCGAUAGAAACAGAGGAAGAACGACAAGAAGCCAUAGCCAAUGCAAUGCGACUGACAAGGAAAGACGAACGUACAGCUAUGAGAUUGAGGGAACCUGUUCCACCUCCUAGAAUACCCAAGACAACAGUCACGGAAUACGCAUGGAAGAUGGGUCCUUCACCUCAGCGCGCAGCUUCUCUAUCAGUGGUCGAUCCUGACGAAAUUGGAUUUGAGAAAAAUAAUAGGAAGAAAGACAAAUCUCCGCAUCAAUUGGAAGAGGGUGAGGAAGAACUGCUAGAAGAUGAGGAAUUGGAAUUGAGGAGGUUAAACGAGUUGGAUGAGAAGGAUGAUGAAAAUUUGGCUAUGAGAAUGCAACGUGCUUGGGAAAGGAAUCGAGGUGAACCCCUACCAUUGGGUACUGCUCUUGCUCAGGAGCAGCCUGUAGAUGAAAUUCAACUAAGAUGGGAUCAAGCUGUACGUUUAGAAGAGAAGUUUAUGGAGUCUCAGAUACUGGAACAGCAGCAGAUCGCAGAGCGUCAACAGGCCCGACGAGCCGCAUUCAAAUUAGAAAGAGAAAGGAAGAAACAGGAGAGAUUGGAAGAUCAAUUGGCUGGUAGGACGGAUGCGAUCAGAGCUGAGAAAAAGAGGAUAGAAGCCCUAGAGGCGAUUGAGAGUUAUGCUAGACAGACUGGUGAAGAUGUUAGUGGAUGGUAUGCUGAAUUGGGGAUUAAUGAAGGUGAAGAAUUGCCAGUUAAUGAGGAUAGGAAGAAAAGGAGAGGCGGUGGUGGUUUCGGGUUGAGGAGAGAUGCGUAG